CCGAAAGAGCGAUCCUUUUUCACUACCAACCUUCCCUCUCAUAUAAGUCAUAUUCCCGGGAAAAUAAAAAUAAAAAUAGAGAAAGUAUCCAAAACAAAAUAUCUCACCGAACAUUAAUUUUCCCGAGAAAAUCUCCAUGGAAGACUCUCCUGCUCAGCGUAGGCUCGAAGCUAUCCAGUGUCACCUCAUCAACAGCAACGAUACAGACGCUCAGUCUCAGAUUCAGCACAAUCUCACAGCUGGCAACUUCGUUCACAGUCAAAAGUACAGCGUUGUUCUGCCUGAGAAACUUCAAACUGGGAAAUGGAAUGUGUAUAGAUCUGCACGCUCGCCUUUGCAGCUUGUCACUAAGUUUCCUAAUCAUCCUGAAAUCAGGACAUUGCACGAUAACUUCAUACGUACUGUUGAGACUUUCCCAGAUUACAAGUACUUGGGUACACGAAUUAGGGUGGAUGGAACAGUUGGAGAAUACAAAUGGAUGACGUAUGGAGAAGCAAGUACUGCUCGACAAGCAAUAGGCUCUGGCCUUCGGUGUUAUGGAUUAAUGAAAGGAGUUUGCAUCGGUCUUUACUUUAUAAACAGACCAGAAUGGCUGAUUGUGGAUCAUGCUUGCUCAGCAUAUUCUUAUAUUUCGGUUCCUUUGUAUGACACUCUUGGUCCAGAUGCCGUUAAGUAUGUUGUCAAUCAUGCCGAAAUACAGGCAAUUUUUUGCGUCCCACAAACUUUGAACAUGCUAUUGAGCUUCAUUUCUGAGAUUCCAUCUGUAUGUCUCAUAGUGGUGGUGGGAGGGGUGGAUGAACACUUACCCUCACUUCAAUCAACAUCAAGAGUUAAGCUUGUAACAUAUGCAAAACUUCUAAGUCAGGGCCGCAGUAGUCUUCAGCCUUUUUGCCCUCCAAACCCUGAGGAUAUUGCAACCAUAUGCUACACUAGUGGCACCACUGGAACACCAAAGGGAGUUGUCUUGACGCAUAGGAACUUAAUUUCGAGUGUUGCUGGGUUCAGUUAUAUGGUCAAAUUUUAUCCAUCAGACAUUUACAUAUCUUAUCUUCCUUUGGCACACAUCUAUGAGAGAACUAACCAGAUUCUUUCAGUGUACUAUGGCGUUGCUAUUGGUUUCUACCAAGGGGACAAUAUGAAGUUGAUGGAUGAUUUAUCUGCCCUUAAACCAACCUUAUUUUGCAGUGUUCCUCGGUUGUAUAAUCGAAUUUAUGCUGGAAUCACAAAUGCAGUAAAGACUUCUGGGACUCUUAAGGAGAAGUUAUUCACAGCUGCAUUCAACUCCAAGAAGCAAGCCAUAGUGAAUGGCCAAAAUCCAUCAUCAAUGUGGGACAGAUUGGUGUUUAAUAAGAUAAAGGAAAAGCUUGGAGGCCGAGUCCGUUUUAUGGGAUCAGGUGCUUCGCCUUUGUCCCCAGAUGUAAUGGACUUUUUGAAGGUGUGCUUUGGCUGUCAAGUACUUGAAGGAUAUGGUAUGACUGAGACUUCUUGUGUCAUAAGCUGUAUGGAUGAUGGUGACAUCUUAUCCGGUCAUGUUGGGUCUCCUAAUCCCGCAUGUGAAGUGAAACUUGUGGAUGUUCCUGAAAUGAAUUACACUUCUGAAGAUGAGCCCUAUCCUCGUGGCGAAAUCUGUGUCAGAGGUUCCACUGUCUUCCAAGGCUACUACAAAGACGAAGUUCAAACGAGAGAAGUAAUGGACGAAGAUGGUUGGCUGCAUACAGGAGAUAUUGGGCUGUGGCUAAGUGGAGGUCGUCUUAAGAUUAUUGAUAGGAAAAAGAACAUAUUCAAGUUGGCACAAGGAGAGUAUGUUGCCCCAGAGAAGGUCGAGAAUGUGUAUGCAAAGUGCAAGUUUAUUUCACAGUGUUUUAUCUAUGGUGAUAGCUUUAACUCUUGUUUAGUAGCUGUUGUUGCGGUGGAUCCUGAUGUUUUAAAAGCUUGGGCUGCAUCUGAAGGAAUCGAGUUUGAGAAUUUAGAACAGUUGUGCAAUGAUCCAAGAGCGAGAAAAGCCGUUCUUGCUGAUAUGGAUGCUGUUGGAAAGGAAGGCCAGUUGAGGGGUUUUGAAUUCGCAAAAGCUGUAACUUUGGUGCCGGAACCGUUCUCUGAUGAGAAUGGCCUUCUCACUCCAACAUUCAAAAUCAAAAGGCCGCAAGCUAAGGCAUACUAUGCAAAAGCAAUAUCAAACAUGUAUGCUGAGCUUUCAUCUUCAGCUCCUACACCGACAAAAAUGUCGCGCAUAUAGGUUUGAAUUUGCAGUAUGAAGAUAGAAGAAAUAUGCUGUUCAGUUUUCAUCCGUCGAAUGUGGCUGCUAAUAAAAUCUUAUGAUUCCAUUGUUGUAACUCAUACACUCCAGAUUUAAGAGUGGCAAGAGAAAAGUUCUCAUUGCGCUUCUGUUGUAACAGGUAUUGUAGUCACACAGUAUUUGUUUGCUCUUGGCCGUUAAGCUUAAACUAUGAUGUAUAUAAUAUGGGUACGUUUGGUUCAA